AAGCAAAGCAUACGAUCAGACAUCCCUCUGCUGGCGGCAAAAAAGUAACAGGAGAGAGAGAGAAAGAAAGGGAGGAAGAGGAAGAAGAAGGAAGAUGGGUCGGGGAAAGGUGGAGAUCAGGCGGAUCGAGAACAAGACAACCCGGCAGGUGACAUUCACCAAGCGCCGGAACGGGCUGCUCAAGAAAGCCUACGAGCUCUCGCUGCUCUGCGACGCCGAGGUCGCCCUCGUCAUCUUCUCCGGCGGCGGCCGCCUCUUCGAGUUCUCUAGCUCCUCAUGCAUGUACAAAAUACUUGAGAGAUACCGCACCUGCAACUACAACUCAACAGAAGCAACCCCUCCAGCAGAAAAUGAAAUAAAUUACCAAGAAUAUCUGAAGUUGAAGACCAGACUUGAAUAUCUUCAAAGUUCACAAAGAAAUAUUCUCGGUGAGGAUCUGGGCCCACUUAGCAUGAGGGAGCUUGAGCAAAUUGAGAACCAAAUAGACAUAUCUCUCAAGCAUAUCAGGACAAGAAAGAAUAAAGUAUUACUUGAUGAGUUAUAUGACCAGAAAAGUAAGGAGCAAGAGUUGCUGGAUCAAAACAAAGACCUGAGGAGGAAGUUGCAAGACAUCAGCUGUGCCGAGAAUGCGCUCCAUAUGUCAUGGCAAGAUGGAGGGCAUGCCAUCGAGACUACUUAUCCGGGACUGCUGCAACGCCCGGAACAUGAUUCCUCCAUGCAAAUUGGGUACCAUCAGACCAGCAUGGACCAGCUGAACAACGAAGACAUGGCUCCACAGCGCCUUGAUGGACACCUUGGAUCGUCUGCAGGUUGGAUAUGAUCAGUUCAGACGAUGAGACAGGCAUGAUUCAACACGUAUUUCUUGUAAUGGUCUGGCGUUGCCUCGCGUGUAUGUAGCUAAGUGUGCUUGGACUUGAGUGUCACUUGUUAUAUUGUGUGCUGGACUUGUGGUGAUUAAUAGAGGUAGCAUAUGUAUGGAUCAAAAUACUUGUGCUAAGCAGAGUGGCACACGUUUCUAUUUGUUUAGCCCAUCUUCGACUGACCAACAGUGUGUGUCAGUGUGAGUUUUUUUAUAGAAAAGGGGGAUGACCCCGGGCCUUGCAUCUGGGAGAUGCAUGCGGCCAUUUUAUUGAUUAUUCUCGAGGACCUUACAAAUUAGAACAAAUCCGCCAUCUUGGCAAUAUCUGCCGCUACUCCUAUCCAUAUGAUGAAGGGGUGCAAGCCGGGCCACAUACCCAGACCUCUCACCUAAGCCCAACAUCUAAAGCCGGAGGCCCCGACCGAGCCAUCUACCGGGUCCGGGGCACAAACCGGUCCGACGCACUCACAUGUGUCGUCGCCGCCAUCUUCCACUGGUCCAUCUUCAGAGCAGAUUGAGGUGUCAAACUUGGCAGGUCCUCCGCCAUCGACGCCACCAGGACGCCAAACGA